AAUAUACUAAAAUGUCGGUUUGCAGUCUAUUUGUUGGGUAUAUCCUCCAGAAUAAUUGGCACCCAAAACGCCGUAGAUUUCCCCCAAUUAACCAAAAUAUCCCAAACGUCAAACCUCCUCCGCCGGAGGAGAUGGGGGAAGAAGAUCUUCAAACCCGCGCCGCCGUCAAAAGACAACAUCCAUACUACUGGGGAGACACUCCAGAAGAAGAGUAUUAUACCUCUCAAGGCGUCAAAUCCACCAAUUCAUUCUACACUUCACCAAGGGGGAUUACUCUGUUCACCAAAUCCUGGCUGCCGCUAAACCCACCUCGUGGCCUACUAUUUAUGGUCCAUGGCUACGGCAACGACAUCAGCUGGACAUUCCAAAUGACUUCAAUCUUCCUUGCGCAAAAUGGGUACGCUUGUUUUGCCUUAGAUCUCGAAGGCCACGGUAAAUCCCAAGGUCUCAAAGCUUUUGUUCCCAAUGUUGACCUUGUUGUGGAUGAUUUAUUGUCUUUCUUCAAUUACGUUCUGUCCCAAGAUGUUAGCUUUCAGAACUUGCCUAAAUUCCUGUAUGGAGAGUCAAUGGGGGGAGCAAUUUGUUUGUUGGUUCAUUUCAAGGCACCGACUUUAUUCGAUGGAGCCAUUUUAAUUGCUCCCAUGUGUAAGAUUUCUGAAAAGGUUAGGCCCAGAUGGCCAAUUCCUGAAGUUUUGACCUUUUUUGCACGGUUUCUUCCGACUUUACCAAUUGUGCCUACAGCUGAUUUGAUUGAGAAGUCUGUUAAAGUUCCAGAGAAGAGAAUUAUUUCGGGAUUGAAUCCAUCAAAGUACAAAGGGAAACCAAGAUUAGGAACUGUUAUUGAGCUGUUGAGGGUGACUGAUUACAUCGAUAGUAAACUGUCGGAUGUGAGUCUGCCAUUUCUGGUGUUACAUGGGAGUGCGGAUGUUGUUACGGAUCCGCAAGUCAGCAAGGAGUUGUAUGAAGUGGCAAGAAGUGAGGACAAGAGUUUGAAGAUCUAUGAUGGGAUGUUCCAUUCUUUGUUGUAUGGAGAAACUGAUGAGAAUAUUGAAAUUGUUAGAGGAGACAUUCUGAAAUGGUUGAGUGAGAGAUGUCAUCGUCAUGUUGAGAUUAACUGAUGAUGGUUGAUUAUUAUUGUUUUUACCUUUUGUGAUUAGUUCCAUUGAUUGCUGCACAGGCAGAUUGAUUGUUAUAUGAAUGUACCAUUGGAAAACAUCCAAAUGGAAUUCUCCCAAUAAAAACUUCAACAGGUUUCUAGUUGUUAUCUAUCCCUUCAGGGUUCUUCGUGCAGUCUCUUGGUGGUUGUUGAUGUUUAUGCAACUUGAAUUCACUCACUAUGAAGUAAUUGAUGAAAUCGAAGCCUGGAAAGGACAAAGCAGAAAUGGGCAAGAGCAAAAAAAAAACAGCCAAGCUACCAAUAGUGCCGUUAUUAGGGUGAUAAAUGAAACUUCCUAUUAUAAUCGCAAGAAAAGAUUCCUCUAAUGAUAUUAUGCACCCCAUUUGUGAAGGAAAGCUAUGGUUAUUUUUACAGAGGAAGCUGCGGAUUACUCAGGAAUCAGGAUAAGCUGGUUGUAAUGCCUAAAUGGACAAAAACGAAGCAGAAGCAAUUAAUUGAACUAUGGCGUUGAGGGGCGGAAAAAAAUGAAAACAAUAUUAAAGGUCCCACCGAGAUUUGAACUCGGGUUACUGGAUUCAGAGUCCAAUGUCCUGACCACUAGACCAUGGGACCGUUUUGAGAUGUUGUGCUAAACUUUUAAAUAUAUAUAUACUAAUAUUAUAAAAUAAUGUGCCCGCACAUUCUAAAUUGCCCAACAGAGUCUUCAAAUUUCUUAAGAUUUGUACGUUUGUAUCGUUUGUAACUUGCUUCAAGUUUCUUUCAAAUAAAUGUAAGUUAGAAAGG